AUGGAAGUUAUUAAUGACAUAGAACAAGAAGAUAUAUACAACAUUGCGCCUCCAUUUGUUGAAUUAGAAAUGGAUGAAUAUGAUGAAACUGAUGAUAUUAUUCAUCAAAAUGUUCAGGAAUUGUGGGAAUUUUGGCAGCAAAAAGAUACAGAAGAAAUGGUUUAUAGCAAUAUAGGACAUACUUUUAUUCAAUCUAAUCAUGCAACUAUUAAUGAAGGAAUAUUACAAGAAGUUAAUAAUUUUAUUUAUAACUAUGUGAAUAUUCAUGAAUUUCCAUCACCAGGUCAACAUAUGUGA